UGCAGUGAUUCAAUUAACAACUGUGGCAAGAAAUGUCGUAAAAUAGGGCAAAACUCAACAAAUUCUCAUUUAAUAACAUACAUUUUGGUUGUAAGUCAAGGACUACCUAUAGUCAGAGGAGAAUAGUUCUCAGUGAUGGAGGUAAAGUUUCUAAUAGUCUUCUGAGGAUACUAAAAGUAGAAAUCUAUAGGGCCAAAUCUGCUGGGAGCUGAGUAGUAUUUAGCUUAUGCAAUGGGAGCUGCUGCUUCUCUCUUCCUAUUUGCAAUCCCCAUCUGAUUUCAAAUAAAACAACAACAGCAACUUACAAUUGCAAAACAUAACACAAGCAGUUCUCCCAGCCAAAGAAAACAUAGAAUAGUCAGCAUUGCCUCUCCAGCUUCCCCAUCACUUAAGAAAUUAGGAGAGCACAUAAUCUUUCCUAAAUCUGUGAAUAAAUUCCCACUUAAAAAGUGGUGCCUGAAAAAGCAGGUAGCCUAGCCCAUAGCAGAUAAGUGUCAAUUUUUAACAGAGAUACCUAUUUUCCUAUUUUUUCCCCACAUUCCUUUGCAAUAACCGUUGAAAGAAUUCCCAUAUGAAAAACCCUUCUUGAUUAAUCCUGAUGUGUUUCCACAAUGAUUGACCUUUGAUAGAUGUAUCUAUUUGAUUUACCUUAAUAUAGAAAGUAGAAACAGGAGGCUGUCAUCAUCUAGGAAGUGGCAGGUCAGUGUUAUUAGUACAUUGGAGACUUCUGAGGUCUCUGGGCCAUAAGAUAAAAUAUUUGCUACUGUAGAAUGUCCCUGUACUCAUAUUUAUGGGGUAACAGUAAUGAAUUCCUGCAUUUGUUUAGAUCCCUAAGGUCCCAUACAACUGUUACAUUCUAUGGGUCUAUUAUGAGUUAUAUCAUCAUAAGGAUGGUUGGGUGAUGCUAUAAAUUAUUAGUAUGGAGGAUUUUUUGUGGUGUAAUGAUUCUUUAUUCAUAUAAUUUAAUGGGAGAUCUGGAUGAUGUCAAUGUCCACAUAUAAACCUCCCAUAUCUUACUGUUGCUUCUCCCAUCUUUUUGAUAUUUACUGCAAAGAAGGGGAAAAAAUUGAAGAACAGAUUGGAGGCAGUAACUUCUAGAACACAGGUGUCAAACUCGCCGUGUCAUGUGAUGUGUCGCAACGUAUCACGACUUUUUUCGCAUUGCCGGAGCUGGGGUGGGUGUGGCCACCACAUGAUGCAACCAGCCCACGAGCUGGCAGCUUGACACUCCUGAUCUAGAAGGUCAUAAAUUCAUCCAGAUGUUGUGAAAGGAAAAAAAAUAUCUUAAUAAUUCUUUCUGUAUAAAUCAAACAUAUUUCUUUGAUAGUCUAUUAAAAUAAAGACCGGUGUCUGCUGAGACAUACUUAGUAAAAGGAAGAACUGUGACUUUUGCAGUAGAGGGUGAAAGAUUGUGGUUGGCACACAUUUUCACAAGAACAGAGUGUGGAACCAGAUAGCAUAGGAAUUGAGGAACUGAGCCUUGUUCAUGGGUACAACGACAUGAGUAGAAAUGGUAGUGAGGAAAGUAGUGGUCAGAGCAAGGACAAGGAAGAACAGGAAAUUAGUACAACAGUAACUGGCUCAGUAACUAGUACAACAGAAUAAGAAUAAAGAACUAACGCAGUGGUCAGUUCUAGGGGAGUUGACCCGGAGUUAAGUCCUGACAAAGAGAAAUGGGAUGGCUAUUGGGUGGCACCAGAAUGCUAGAGGUGGGCACAACGUUAAGGUAUAAAGCCUGCUUCAAAGGUUUGGGUGUUGCCUCCUGGCCCAUCUGUCACACUUAAUGACUGCUGUCCAUUUGGUUCUUAUUGCAAUAAGUUGUUGAAAUAUUGACCAGUUUUGCUGACCAACAGAAUAUGGUGGCAUAUUCUGCAUUUACCAUUUUCUCCUGAAACUCUGAUAGAUAAGAGUAAAAUGUGGACUGGGUAAUGCUAUCACUGUAUAUGUGUGUACGUCUUCAAGUCAGUGUUUACUCCUGGCAACUGCCUGGACCAGUCCCUGCAGUUUUGUUGGCAAGAUUUCAGAAGUGGCUUGCCAUUGUCCCCUUCCUAGAGCUGAGAGAGAGUGGCUGGCCCAAAGUCACCCAGCUGGCGUUGUGCCGAAGACAGGACUAAAAAUCACAGAAUCGUGGUUUUUAGCAUGAUGCUGUAACCAUUGUAACAAAUUGAUUCUAAAUUGCUAUUAGUUGGGUAUAAAACAGCUUGAACAAUCAUACUAGUACAUCAGUGACUCAACUUCAGGCUAGAAUUGAAUUGAAUUCCAGUCCAGUUCCAUUCUAGGCUCUGAUCAUAUUCUUAAAUAAUUUGGAUGACGAGUUAGAAAAUAUGAUUAUCAAUUUGCAGAUGACACAAAAAUAGCAUGGCAAACAACAGAGAAUAAUAUCAAGAUUCAGGAGGACCUUGACAAGGUCAUACAAUGGGCAAAAACCAGCAAGCUACAUUUCAAGAAGGACAAAUGCAUGCAUGAAAGAAAAAUCAGAUGGUACAAGUGGGGAAAACCAUAGUGGGCAGCAGUACAUGAAUAAUGGUUCUGGGUAUUUUAAUAACUCGCAAGCUGAACAUGAGUUAAAUACAAUAUUCAGGUUUUUUUUUUAAAAAAAGAUGCAAUUCUAAGCUGCAACAUCAUAAGCACAGGAUCAAAAUCAAGAGAUGUAAUAGCUGCUUUCUACUUUGUGUUGGUCAGGAAAUAUCUAAAAUAUGGCAUCCAAUUCUGAUGACUGAAUUUUAGGAAGGACAUUGACGGAAUUGAGUGUGUCCGAAAGACAGCAACAACAAUGAUAAUCAUGAAAUUUUCCUACCUGCAGAUUGGGAGGAAGAUGAUUUUCUCAAUUUACCUUUUCAUUCACUCUGGGUCUCUUACAAAUGUACUCCAGGGUUAUGACAGACUCUCUGACCCAGCAUGGGAGGUGCUGCAGAGACUGUGAAAUUGGCAAAAAUAUAUAUCGCGUUUCCCCCACCACCACCACCGCCUUAACCAGUAGGAAUCUCUGCUGCUAAAAAAAAGGUCCCUCUUUCUCCCAUCUCUUGAACAUAAGCACUCAUACCCACACAACUGAACAAACAAGCCAGAUUGCAGCUCUCUUCAUACCUUGACCCUGCAAUUCUCCCUGACUCAGCCAAACAGUCAAACUUGGUUGAAAAGUAAAUAGUUUUAAAUGUACAGUCUUCCAUUUUCUAAUGGAAGCAAUUCAAAUUACUGCUUCAGUUUAGUUGCAGAAAUAUCCGUGUAAAGUAAGUGGAAGGGGGAAAGAAAUCGUCUAAACUUUAAGAAAGGAAUUACCAUCGGACAUCAGAAACUGCUCAGACAGGUAAGUAUCUAACAGCAGAUCAAAAAUCUUUCUUUCUCUCUUUCCCCUAACAUUGUUUUCCUCUAAAAGAAGCAAAAGGUUGUCAAUUUUCUUAUUGAUUCAAGGUAGAUUUAACUAACCAAGUUUGUUUUUUAAAAACGUUCUCUUUCUACAUCUAAGAAAUUUUGAAUGUAGAAAUAUAAAGUUUUAGAUAAAAUUUAAUUUGCAAGUUAAAUUAUGAUUAUGACUAAAUAAUAAGGAGAAAAGAAAAAUGAAAGGACAAAGGAAAAAGGAGCAAUACAGUUACAACAAAAUUAUAUAAAUCAAACUGUUUCUCACAGAUGUGUAUAUUGACAUACAUUUUAUUAUACAUUUAUACAUUUUACACAGCCGUUUCAAUGUACAUGAAUUUGAUAUGUAUAAUAUUGUAAUUUAAUCUAAUAGAACUAUAUUUCGACAGGGAUAGCAAAUGAUCAGUAACUGCUGCAUUUUUACUUGAAGUUUUGUUUUCGAGAAUAAAAGCUGAGAAAAUAUGCUUGCCAACUUUAAUUGGAGGGAAAAAAGUGAAAAAGUAACAUAACAGCCUAAAGAAGAACGAUGAGGGGUAAAGUACUUGAAAACAAAAUCCUGUAAAGAUUGGUUAAAAGAACUGAGUAUCUUUGUUUUAAAGACAAGUCAGCUAUGGGGAGACAGGAUUGCAGUCUUUCAAGGGAUGUCCCUUCCAAUGACAUUCUAUCCAUGUUCCUAUCAACCAUUCAUGAUAAAAACUUAAGUGGUAAACAAUUGAUUUUUUUUAAACAAGACAUCACUUGGAAUAAAGUUAAAAUUAAUCAACACGUUGAAUGAGGGGUGUACAAUCUGCAAACUGUGUCGUGGCCCCCAAUACCCUGAAAUGUGAAAAUUAAGGCAAAAUAGCUGAUUUUGUUUCCAAAAAUAAAAAUAAAAUGAGGUCAGGUGGCCUCAGGAAGCAAUCAUUCCCAUUUCUGCACCUAAAACAUCCCCAAUCUUUUUUUUUUUUUAAUGCCCCAAAUCAUGCAACAAAAUGUAGCCAUUUUGCCAGUGAAUUUCAAAAACAUGAAUCAGGGCUGUUUUUCAGAAUUUGGGAGAAAGUUGUAAAGGGUAUAAAUGAGAGCUGUCUGUUUUCCCAAGGCUCUUAGCUACCAGUUCAACUCCCCUAAACUCUCUGAAUGAGCUGAUAUAGUUUGGGCAAAUGUCAUCUAGUGAAGGCACUAUACAAUUCAUGAUUUUUUAAAACUUUUGCUUUACUUACUUUUUACUUCAUUGGAUUUUAAUUGUAAACGACUCAGAAUCUUUACAGAUAUGACAGGAUACAAAUGCAAUAAACAAACAAAUGAUGCAUUUUGUGGAAUUAGCGUCAAACAAACAAAUAUGCCAAACUGGAUAUUGUCUAAUUAGAAAAUAGCAUAAAUUUGACUGCUAGAUUUGAAUUUUUUUUUAUAAAGGGUGAAAAAAUUCAGUAUUUGUUAUUCAUGGCCACAACUGGGUUUAAAUGAAAGUUGGGUAAGGAAAAACUUUUAAGAUACAUACACAUUUUUAAAAUAACAAUCAUUUCUGUUUAAUUAGUAUGUCUGAAAUUAAUAUUAAGCUGGUAUUAUGUGGGAAAACAUUCUUUGAAACAUAUGUGUGAAUAAAUGAAAUAUUAUGAGAGCUUUUGAAAGAUGUGCUAAAUUAUGCAAUAAUGAACAAUGAAGAUACUUUUUAGGAAAAAGAAUUAUUACAGUCUGCUGUUGUAUGAUUGCAAUUGUAGAAAUUCAAAUUGCAUGACUUAGAUUUGUUAGCAGGUAUUAAAGAAAAAUGUUGAAAAUUAAGCAAUGGAGAUCCAUCAUGUCUUUGCUGACUUCAGUAGUUCGGAAGUUAGAAGAUCCCUUAAUCAAUUAGGAUCCUAAACAUACUUAUUAAGAAAUAUGUGCAUGUUUAUCUAUAUAUAUAGAUACAAACACGUAGUGUGAAUAUUGUACAGUGUGUAUGUGAUUUUUGUAUAUGUUUUUGGGCUUUUGAAAAAUAAUAAUGGAAAUGGUAUUAUUUUAAAAUUGUACUAAUCUAGAGUAUUAACAAGUAGCCGAUAGCUCUGUUGAAUAGCUCUGAAAGUCAAAUUGUAACAGAAUCACUACCUCUCUCCAGAUUGCCAGUCUAACUCAUGAUGGCUUUUUCCUAGAAUAUUCAUUACAGGGUGAAUUAGGGAUAGCACUUGAAGAAAUGUACUAUGGAAGGCAGAGUACGUGAUUAUACAAGAAUAUUUCCAGUGUCCAACACUGGACAAAUAUUUUGGGAAGCAGGAGAAAGAGACUUUGCUCUCCACCAGAGAUUUGCUGAUUGGACUACUACUAGUGUUCACAUUGAUAUUUGCAUUCAUGAACAAAUCCUGAUUGUUCAUUUGGUUCCUGUUCAUUUUUCACCUACAACAAGUCAGUGAAAUCAUGAUUUCUGGAACCCUUCGUAGAAGUUUAUUACCAAACCUGGCUGACUGCUAAAUAAGUCAAACAAGCCACUAAAGAUAUUUGAAGCUUACUGAGAUUAUCUUUCCUCUGGUGAAACAUCUAUAAAGGCUGCAAUGGAUGGCUUAAUCAUUCAUAAAUUAACUCUUUAUCUUGUGGCUAAAUUCCUUGUUGUAUAAGCAUCUCUCGUCUCAGUACAAUUAAAUACUGGAUUGCAAUUAAACGAGGCUUCAUCCAAAAUGCCUGACUUUGAUGAUCUUUUGGAACACAUUGGUGAAUUUGACUUCUUUCAGAAAAGGGUCUUUUUUCUCGUUUGUUUUCUCUCAGCUGUCUUUGCCCCAGUCUAUGUAGGAGUUGUUUUUCUAGGGUUUACACCAGAGCACCGUUGCUGGACUCCAGGAGUUACUGAAUUCAGCAACCGGUGUGGCUGGACUCUUGAAGAGGAACUGAAUCACACUGUUCCAAAAGGGACAUCUAAACAGGAUACUUUCACCCCUCAAUGCAUGAGAUACAAUAUCAACUGGAAUGAAAGUGAACUGAGCUGUACAAAUCCCCUGGAAGACUUCACCAGUCAGGAGAACAGGAGCCUCCUUGUGACCACUUGUCAAGAUGGCUGGCUUUAUGAUGCUUCAAUCAUAUCCAUUGUGACUGAGUUUAACUUGGUGUGCGGAGAUUCCUGGAAACUAGAUAUGUUUCAGUCAGCUGUGAAUGCUGGGUUUCUGGUUGGAUCUAUAUUCACUGGCUACAUAGCAGACAGAUUUGGACGGAAAGUAAGCCUUUUAAUUGCUGUCCUGGUAACUACAAUCUCUGGAGUACUUGUUGCCUUCUCGCCAAACUACUUAUGGUCUGUGAUAUUUCGUUUCAUCCAAGGUUUGUUCAGCAAAGGCAGCUGGAUGGCAGGUUACAGUUUGCUCACAGAAAUUGUUGGCCCAAGCUACAGGAGGACUGUGGCCAUUCUCUAUCAACUAGCGUAUGGUUUUGGCCUUCUCAUCCUUAAUGCUUUGGCUUAUGCAAUUCCCAACUGGAGGUGGCUUCAACUUGCUGUUACUCUUCCAAUGUUCCUUCUCUUACUCUACUACUGGUGCCUCCCUGAGUCACCCAGGUGGCUGAUUACUCAAGGACAGAACGCCCGAGCUGUGAAAAUUGUGAAGGAAAUUGCUAAAAAAAAUGGAAAAGUUGUACCUGCUUUUUUUGAGAAUAUUAAUCUCGAAGAAGAACAGGUAGAAGACACAAACCUUAGCCCUUCACUGCUGGACCUUGUGAGGACACCACAGAUCAGGAAAUACACAUUAAUUUUGAUGUAUAACUGGUUCACAAGUGCCAUAAUGUACCAAGGACUUAUUAUGCAUAUAGGAGUUGCUGGUGGAAAUGUUUACCUGGAUUUUUUCUAUGCCACCCUUGUUGAAUUUCCAGCUGCUUUCAUCCUCAUCGUCACCAUAGAGCGUGUGGGUCGUCGUUAUCCCUGGGCAGCAUCUAAUCUGGUGGCUGGAAUUGCUUGCCUUAUUACAGCUUUCAGCCCAGAAGAUAUGCACUGGUUAAAGAUUCUUGCAGGUUCCUUUGGCAGGUUGGGAAUCACUAUGGCUUUCGAAAUGGUCUGCUUUGUCAAUGCCGAAUUGUACCCAACAUUUCUUAGAAACCUUGGCUUGAUGGUAUGUUCUUCCUUGUGCGAUUUUGGUGGAAUCAUAUCCCCAUUUAUAGUCUACAGAUUGGCAGAGAUCUGGCAUGAACUACCUCUUGUAGUCUUCACUGUCAUAGGGUUGAUAGCUGCUGGAUCAGUGCUGCUUUUGCCUGAGACCAAAGGAAGCACCUUGCCCGAGACCAUUGAUGACAUAGAAAACUUCCACAAACCUGCAUUAAACAGUCAAUCUUGAAGCAAAUUCAAGUUUAAUUCUCUUUGAAUUGUGUGUACUUAGCUAUUGUCCAUAAAAAGUCCAUAUCUAAUCACUAACUAAUAAUUUUUUUACAUUAUACAGUCUUUCAUUUGGACAGGUAUUUUAUACACACACAGACACACCACACUUGCUUCUUUCAUGGGUGCCUGUGUUAAACUGAUGAACAUGGUCAAUAUAAUAUUUGCAGCAUGUAAACAAUAAAAAUAAGAGGGCAGUGAAAAUAAUACUUUUUACCUGAUAUUUAAACAUUGUAUUUAUGACUGGACGUUCUAGAUAUGUUAGAACACUUUUUAUUUUAAUUUUUGUGACUUCAUUUAGUUUUCUAUGUAUAUGCAUACACUGUGAAUUUUUGGGAGGUUCGUUGUAGUGCCCAGAAACAAGAUAAACAUCCUUGUGCAGGGAAAAGAGAUCAAUACAUAAAUAAAUGGAAAUGUCUAUAUUAUCCUGUUGGUUAAAGCAGAGUUGAAAAAUAGCCAAAGGGUUUUAAAUUGGUGCAAAGUGGCAAGAGUUUGUCAGGUAAGGAAGUAAGUAAAUAAGGAAAUUAAUAUGGGUGUUUUGGUUCUGGAAGGAGUCAAAUGUAGAGGAAUGAUCACUCUUGGAGAUGCUAAGAUAAACAGAGAUUAAGAGAAGCAGUAAAAGGCUUCUCACUGGAUAGCUUUGAAUUAGGAAGUCAAUAAUGGAGAUGUCUAGAAAGAAAUGAAGGUUUAUCCCAAAGAAUGGAGAAAGAGAAACAAAAUCCAGAAGAGAUAGGAAAAAAACAAAAACUGUAGAUGCCCAAACAACAUAGAUUCUCAAAACUGGGUGAAUCAAGGAUGGAAAAA